AUGAAAGUCAACUAUCUUCUUUGCUAAUCUUCCCCUUCAUUUCUGUAAGCCAGAAAUCAUAAAGUUAAAGAACCUUUGGAGUAAUCUCUCUCUCUCUCUAGCCACUCUCAACAGUAGAAGUUUGAUUUUACUUCCAAAAACCGCCAAUUCACAUGAAGAACAUAGAGAAAACUGCUGCCAAUGCAAACCUUUCCACCCAAUGCAGUUUUCCAUCAAACAAUGAGGAAUUUGUGGGCUUUAAGGAGGACAUAAAACAGAUAAUUCAGAAAUUGACUGGAGGAACGAAAGAACGGGAUGUUAUCUCGAUUGUUGGAAUGGCCGGACUAGGCAAAACGACUUUGGCUAGAAAGGUGUACCACAAUCAUAAUAUUGCUGAUCACUUUGAUGCUCGAGCAUUUUGUACUAUUUCACAAACAUAUAGCAUCAGGAAGCUAUUGGUUGAGAUUUUUAAACAAGCCACAGGUGGAAAGCGUGACAUCAAAGAGGAUGAGGACAUCGCUGCUGUGUUGAAGAAGACACUAUUUCGAAAGCGAUACCUCAUUGUAUUGGAUGAUAUAUGGAACUACAAGGCAUGGGAAGAUCUGCAGUUAUCUUUCCCUAGAAUGGAAAAAGGAAGUAGAAUAAUGGUAACAACUCGCCUUCAAGAGGUUGCUACACAGAUUAAGGAGCUCACUGAUCCUUAUUUUCUUCGGUUCCUAGACGAGAAAGAGAGUUGGGAAUUAUUGCAAAAGAAGGUAUUUCAAUGCGAGAGCUGCCCCUUGGAGCUACAGGAAGCAGGAUUUGAAGUUGCCAAAAACUGUAAGGGACUGCCUCUUGUGAUUGUUUUGAAUGCAGGAAUUAUCGCACAAAAGGAAAGGCAAGUCUCUGUGUGGGAAGACUUUGCAAAGGAUUUAAGUUCCCAUGGUUUAGAAGAGCAGAGUAUGAAGGCAGUUCAAUCAAGUUAUGACUAUUUAGGGGAUCAUCUAAAGCAUUGCCUUCUUUACAUCGGAUACUUUCCGGAAGACUAUAACAUUCCAGUGUCUGAUUUGCUAAAGUUGUGGAUAGCUGAAGAGUUUGUACUGAACAUUGACACAGAGAACUUAGAGAAAGCAUCUAAGGAUCACUUGAAUGAUCUUGUCAAUAGAAGCCUUCUAAUGGUUUCUAAAAGGAGAUCUAAUGGUGAUGUAAAAUACUGCAUGGUUCAUGAUCUAGUGCGUGAGUUUUGCUUAAGUACACUUAAAGAAGAAGAGUUUAAGCAGCACGUCGUGCCAUGCAACUCAUCCCAACCUUCAUAUCCGAAGGAUCCUCGGUUAUGCAUGUAUAUCCAUGACAAGCUUGUUAAUCAAUUGGAGUUGCAUGGAUAUUCACUGGAUAAUAUUCCAUUGGUCGAAUCCGAAGAAAAGGAGUAUCUGGAGUUCAUCGCUCAUCCACGAUUCUAUGCAUCAAGAUGUAUGGAUCUCUUCUCUUUACUUGUUAACUUGAGGUUUAUUAGGGUGUUGCAUUUGUUGGAUAUCAAUUUGGAAAGUGCUUGGGAAUUUCAAAGUUCUCCGGCUUCCAAACUGGAAAAACUCACUCACUUGAAAUACCUUGCAAUUUUUGUCAAAAAGUUUGAUUUCAAGUGGGUUUCACACAUGAGCGAUCUACAAACUUUGCGGGUCCAUUCACAUCAGCGUAUAAAGACAUCACCAGAUAUUUGGAAAAUGAUGAAGCUAAGGCACGUGGAUAUAAGUGAAUUUUCCUUUAUCUGGGAUGACAGUGAGCAAGAAGAAUCUUCGCACACUGUGUUAGGUAACUUAAAGACUUUUGGCAAGUGCCGUAUAUCUGUAGCUGAUAUGAAUCGGAAGUUCUGGUGGAGGUUUCCGAAUCUUGAAGAACUUAGGCUUUCCAUUGUUAAUUUUCAUGAUAUGCCUAAUCAUUCUCUGUUUCCUACACCGGAAAUUCAUAACCAGCUCCAAUCUCUUGAAAUAAGUUUCCCCAUUGGAUUCUCCAAAUCAAUUGGAUGGUUUAAAUCAGUCUUCCCUUUGAAUCUUAAGGUUUUAUCUCUUGCCGGCAUCUUACUGACAGAAGAAAUAGUUUCAAGUAUUGCAGCACUACAAAAACUUGAGACUCUCAAAUUAUUUUUUAUACAUUUUACUGAUAAUCCGCAAUGGGAUGUCACAAAACACGAGUUCAAUGCACUGAAAUACUUGAAAUUAGAGCAAGUGGAUAUGAAUCAAUGGGAUUCCUCAGAGACGUCCUUUCCCGAGCUUGAGAAACUAGUCAUAAAAGAUUGUGAACAGCUUGAGGAGAUUCCUUCUAGCUUUGCAGAUAUUGAAACGCUACGAUUGAUUAAAAUGGUCAACUGUAGUAAGUCAGCUGGGGAUUCAGCUCAGAGCAUUAAAAAAGAUGUAGAAUAUACCCAAGGAUAUGAGAGACUCCAAGUUCUUAUCCCGAAGAAUUACUAAAGAUGGAUCCGCUUUCAUUUCCAGAACUGAAGAGGCCAUAACCAUCUGAUCAGAGGAGACAUCCUAUAACAGCUAGCUGUUGAUCCAUUGCUACAUGAUUAAAGAGACCAAAGGUGUUGUUUUAAUUAAAUUAUUAGUAGUGUAUUGUGUGCCAUUUAUUUAUUAAGGUACAUGUAUCUAAAUUCUUCACAUUAUAGAUUAUACAAACUCAGUUUCCUGAACUUCUCAUGCAUGUAUAAAACAAUUUCUUAGAGCUAACAUUUACAUUCUC